AUGGAUAUUUUUAACUGUCAAUAUUGUUCAAUAUCUCCUUUUGACUAUAUUUUAGAUUAUAUAUAUGGUGAAAGAUCAUCUAAAAAAGAUGAAAAAAAAAAUUCGAAUGUUACUUAUGAUGAUAGUAGUAGUAAUAAUGUAUCUCAAGUAGUAUCAAAAUUUGGUGAACAAAUAGAAAAAAGAUCAACAAACGAAAUUUUACUUUUGUGUAGAGCAUGGGAAAACUACGUUCAUCCAAGAGCAAAAGAAUAUUGGAAAGAUUCACACCAACUUCAAAAUAUUCUAUGCAAAAUUGCUAAUGGCAUAACUAAAAAUGAUGAUCCAAUUUUAGGAGAUGAUUAUGCAUGUGUUUUUUGGUAUGGAGAUAAAAAUAAAAAUGAUAAUUGCCCAAUCAUAUCAGUGAAAAAAGGAAAUGAUAGUGUUGAAACUAUUACAUAUGUAAAUAGAGUUCUUAUUUUUUUGUAUGCAGAUGAAGCUAGCUUUCAAGAAUUGCAGAAGAAACCAAAAAAAGCAUUUACAAUGGCAUGUGGAAAUAUUAAUUGUAUUAAUCUAACACAUAUUUCUUUAGAUGAUUAA